CGCUCGCUCUCUCUCGGCCCGGCCCGGCCUGACAUGGCGCGCCUGGUGGCGGUGUGCAGAGACGGGGAGGAAGAGUUCCCCUUCGAGAAGCGCCAGAUCCCGCUCUACAUCGACGACACCCUGACGAUGGUGAUGGAAUUCUCUGAUAAUAUAUUAAACCUUGAAGGACAGCAGGUUAAUGGUGCACAACUGAAGCAGUUUGUGCAGCAACACAGCAUGCUUAAACAGCAAGACCUUAACAUUGCUAUGAUGGUAACGUCCCGUGAAGUCUUCAGUGCACUGUCUCAGCUGGUUCCGUGUGUUGGCUGUCGACGCAGCGUGGAGCGUCUCUUCUCUCAGCUCGUGGAAUCCGGCAACCCAGCCCUGGAACCGCUUUCGGUGGGGCCCACAGGAGUUCUGUCAGUAACUCGGAACUGUAUGACUGACGCAAAAAAACUCUAUACAUUGUUUUAUGUGCACGGGUCCAAACUAAACGAGAUGAUCGAUGCAAUUCCUAAAAGUAAAAAGAACAAAAGGUGUCAAUUGCAUUCGUUAGAUACACACAAGCCAAAACCUUUGGGCGAAGGGAACAGUGGCAGUGGAAACGCAGAGAGAGCGCUAGGGUCAGAUAAGAAAAAUAAUGGAGAGAGCAAGAAGGAAGUCAGAUGUAGCAUCCUUUUUCAUUUUGGACCUUUUCAGCCACCACACAGGGGUUGCUGGAUGGAUGUGUGGGAAUUAAUGUCCCAAGAAUGCAGGGAUGAAGUGGUUUUAAUUGACUCAAGCUGCCUCUUGGAAACCCUGGAGACGUAUCUACGGAAACACAGGUUCUGCACAGAUUGCAAAAACAAGGUGCUGCGAGCAUACAACAUCCUCAUUGGAGAGUUGGACUGCAGCAAAGAGAAGGGCUAUUGUGCUGCUCUCUAUGAGGGGCUAAGGUGCUGUCCACACGAGCGCCACAUUCAUGUCUGCUGUGAGACGGACUUCAUUGCACAUCUGUUGGGUCGAGCUGAGCCAGAGUUUGCAGGAGGGUAUGAGCGUAGGGAGAGGCAUGCAAAAACUAUAGACAUUGCACAAGAAGAAGUUCUUACAUGUCUCGGCAUCCACCUUUACGAGCGCUUGCACAGAAUUUGGCAGAAGCUAAGAGCUGAAGAACAGACAUGGCAGAUGCUCUUCUACCUUGGUAUUGAUGCAUUGCGCAAAAGCUUUGAGAUGGCAAUUGAAAAAGUGCAAGGUAUCAGCCGACUGGAACAGCUUUGCGAGGAGCUCUCAGAGGAAGAGAGAGUCCGGGAGCUAAAGCAAGAAAAGAAGCGUCAAAAACGAAAGAACAGGCGCAAAAACAAAUGUGCUUGUGCGGUACCCACCCCGCUUCAAACUUCAGGAGAGGCUAAACCUCAAGAAGAGGCAACUUCCGAGUCUGCAGAAAGCAGUUGUAAAGACUGCGGUGGGGUGGGGGAGACCAACGGUAGAGUUGAAGUCAUUGUUACAAAUGAAAGUACCUCAUGCACCUGUCCUGGGAGUGAAAAUCUACUGGGAUCACCUAAAACAAAGAAAGGGUUGUCCCCACAGUGUAAUGGCAGUGACUGCGGUUACUCGUCGAGCAUGGAGGGCAGUGAGACUGGAUCGCGAGAAGGAUCCGACGUCGCUUGCACUGAGGGUAUCUGCAAUCACGACGAAACAGGCGACGACGCUUGUGUCCAUCACUGUGUGGAGGACAAAGAGGAGGACGGGGUGGACAGCUGUGUGGAAUGCUGGGCCAAUGCCUCCGAGGAGAACACGAAGGGCAAGAGCAAGAAAAAGAAGAAGAAAAACAAAGGUGCAAAAUGUGACGAGGAUAGCGAAGCUCCUGGAAACUGCAGCACAGACCUAAGCAGACGAGAGAAUUUGGGUAACACUUUGCACAAUGAGUUUCACCACGACAAAGCCAAAGAUAGCAGUAACUCGGUGAAAGGCAGCCAGCAGGCGGCGUGGGUCACACAGAUUCUGUCGGAGAAGCAUUUUUCACAGUCAUCACAAAUUCCACCACCGGGUCUGCCUGAUUGGGGACAAGGCACCAAAACCUUAAUGGAACUGCUUGUAAGUACAAAUGUCGAUAACUCUCAAGAAAGCCAACUUGAAGCUUGCCAGGCAUUGAAUCCAAACCGUUGA